UUUGUCCAUCAGUCAUUUCUUUGAUAACGGUAACGUUAUCUUAGUGGAAAGGUUAAAAUUUACUUUAUCAAUACAAACUAGAUGAUGUAGUUUGUACAUAAUAUGAUGGAUUAAAUCAUUCGAAGAUAACAUCAUUACUGUGUAUCAACGCCACCAAAAUUGGGUAACAACGAACCGGAGAUAAAGGUAAAAAAUGUAAAGAAGCAAAAUGGUAGUUUCGGGUACACAACUUGUACUCUAUAGAUCAUUUUAUUAUUCAAUAUAACAACCAUCAAAGAAUGAUUUCCUAGAUGUAUAGGAGAGACCAAUACACCCUUCAAUAAUACAGAGUUAACCACAAGCGCAAAGGCGGUUGCUAUUUUCAAUCAAAACAUGAGGAAACAGCGCAAUUUCAUGUGUUUUAUUUUUGGGUUUUUACUCUUUAUGUUCGUUUAUUAUGCAAACUUCCAGCAUAUUCGUAUAACUGAUAUUGAGUUGUCAGAUGAAAGGUUAUUUGAUAUACCUGAGGUAAAAAAUACUAGUGCCGCCUUUUUAGUAGACACGUCUGCUUGCAAAAUUCCAAAUAUAGAUCCGUUUGAUAAAUCAGUGAAACGAAUGUUAAGAAAUGGAACAGCGUUAAAGUGUGCUGUGAAGGAUGAUCUUGUAUAUUCAAAUGGAAAUACUAUAAUUAUUAAUUGGAAAGCUGUUAAUAACUCGAAAUUAAAAAAUAAAAUGAAAUACUGCAAAUAUGAAGUCAUUUGGCGACCAUAUAAUGAAAUGCAAGAUCAUAACUAUAUGAAAUUCAUAAACGAAAGUGAUGAAUUUGUUGAUCGUGUUGAUAUAUCAGAUGAAUUUGUUCGUGUAAAAUGCUACAAUGGAACUGGACAUAAGUUGUAUACAAAUUUCUUCUCUUUUGUUCAUUUAAAAGAAGAUGUCGAAGAAAGAUGUGAAAAAAAUGCCAAAAAAUUUGAAAACACGCGAAAAGAAGAGCUGAACAUUUUGAUGUUGGGCGUUGAUUCAAUAGCUCGAAAUAACAUGCUACGUUAUAUGAAGAAAACAUGGUCGUAUUUGGUAAACGAAGUCAACGCAAUAGAUCUACUUGGUUAUAAUAAAGUUGCUGAUAAUACCUUUGUAAAUAUAGUCCCAAUGACAGCUGGAAAAUAUGUCGAUCAGUUACCAUGGAACGAAUCAAUAAGGUGGACGCCAAUGGACAACUAUAAUUUUAUAUGGAAUAAUUAUUCUGCAAAGGGGUAUAGAACUUUCUAUGCUGAAGAUCAUCCUGAUAUUGCAAUUUUUGAUUUUGGAAAAUCUGGAUUUAAAAAACCUCCUGGUGAUUACUUCAAUAGGCCUUUGAGUAUCGCUAUGGAAAAAACUAAAGACGUUUGGAAUUCCGAUCAUUAUUGUGUGCAUGGAAGAAUAGAAACUAAUAUAGUUUUAGACUAUUUAAAGAAUUUUGCGAAGAAAUUUCAAUCAAAACCGCAUUUUUCCUUCUCAUUUAUAACACGACUAACACAUGCAUAUAUCGAAGAAACAUAUAAAGCAGACGAAAUCUACCUCAAAUUUUUUAAAGACAUGUAUAAAAGCGGCAACUUAAAAAACACAGUUGUAUUCUUUUUCAGUGACCAUGGGAUGCGUUUUGGUGAUGUAAGAGAAACGUUCGUAGGAAAAUUGGAAGAACGUCUUCCUUUUAUGUUAAUCGCAUUCCCUCCAUGGUUCCUUAAAAAAUAUCCAGACACUCAUAAAAAUUUACAGAUAAAUGCUAGAAGACUUACCACUCCUUUCGAUAUAUUUGCCACUUUAGAACAUAUUUUAGAUUUCGAUGGUAUUCAGAAAAAUGAAGUGAAAAAGCAAAGAUCAAUGAGCUUACUUAAUGAAAUUCCAGAAGAUAGAACUUGUGAUGAAGCUGAUAUCCUACCUCAUUGGUGUACUUGUUCUAAGCAUGAAGAAUUAGAUAUUCAAAAUAAGACCGUUAUCAAAAUUGGAGUUACUCUAGUAUCGAAAAUUAAUCAAGAUUUAGCAGAUUCCUUUGACGUUUGUGAAAAAUUACACUUGAAGUCUAUAAAAUAUGCUCUGCGGGUCAUACCGUCUGACAAAGUGCUUCGAUUCGAACAGAGCAAGAAUGAUGUUAUAGAUAGGAAGGUUAUAUACGGCGAUCGAGUAAAGUCUUAUAUUGAUUAUCAGAUAACCGUACAAACACAGCCGGGUGAUGCGGUCUUUGAAGGGACGUUACGGUAUGACGAAAAAGGAAAAACAUAUGACUUAGUAGGUGAUGUCAGUCGAAUUAAUAAGUACGGUGAUCAAUCACACUGUAUAGAGCAACAUCAUCUUAAAAAACUUUGUUACUGUAAAAUACAGCCAUAGAAUGUCAAA